UCCGCUGCUCCGCGUCACGUGCGAGUGGGAAGUCGCGGCCACACAGAGCUGAGCCGCGCCGGGCCGAGCGCUCGCUCGCAGUCGGAGCUGAGUGCGGAGCCCAAGGCGGACGGCUACAGCUCUCGGUGCCCCAGCCGUCCCCUCCCCCGGUCCCCCUCCCUUGGCCUCCUCCUCCAGUCCGGGUUGCCGAGCCGCCCGGCGCAGAAGGAAGCAUGCUGGCCGUCGGCUGCGCGCUGCUGGCCGCCCUGCUGGCCGCGCCCGCGGUCGCGCUGGUCCUCGGGAGCUGCCGCCCGCUGGAGGUGGCAAACGAUAUGGUGAUUAGCCUGCCCGGGGCCACCGUCACCCUGAUCUGCCCUGGGAAGGAAGCAGAAGGCAACGCCACGAUUCAGUGGGUGUACUCUGGCUCACAGCACAGACGGUGGACUACCACGGGGAACUCACUGCUUCUGAGGGCAGUGCAGCUCAACGACACAGGCAACUUUUCAUGCUUCCUGGAUGAUCACCUGGUUGGGACUGUGUCCUUGCUGGUAGAUGUUCCUCCAGAGGAGCCUAAACUCUCCUGCGCCCGGAAGAACCCCCUUGUAAGUGCUACUUGUGAGUGGUUCCCAAGCAGCACCCCCUCUCCUACGACCAAGGCUGUGCUGUUUGUGAAAAAAAUCAACACCACUAACCCGAACAGUGGCUUCCAGUUACCCUGCCAGUAUUCUCAGAAGUUCAGAAGCUUCUCCUGCCAGGUGGAAAUCCUAGAGGGUGACAAAAAUUACCACGUAGUGUCGCUGUGCGUUUCAAACAGUGUCGGAAGCAAGUCCAGCAGCAACGUGGCUUUUCACAGUUUAAAAAUCGUGCGGCCUGACCCCCCUGUGAAUCUUGUGGUGUCUGCCAUACCUGGAAGGCCUCGCUGGCUCAACGUCAGCUGGCAAGACCCUGAGUCCUGGGACUCACACUACUACAAGUUGAAGUUUGAGCUUCGAUACCGACCUGUGUUGUUGAAGACGUUCACGGCGUGGCUGGAGGCCCAGCACCAGUGCAUCAUCCGUGAUGCCUUGCGAGGAGUGAAGCACGUGGUGCAGCUCCGUGGGAAGGAGGACCUUGGGAUCGGCCAGUGGAGCGAGUGGUCCGCGGAGGUCACCGGCACUCCUUGGAUAGAGCCCCCGAGCACUCCCACAGGGAUCCUGAAGGACCCCACACAGGUCUCUGAUGAAGACUCUGACGACGAGGAGUAUUUGUACAGCCAGCCUGUAAAAGCGACAAGCUUCCCGGUCUCAGGGCAAGAUUCUUCCUCAAUAUCGCUGCCCACAUUCCUGGUGGCUGGAGGAAGCCUGGUGUUUGGGUUGCUCCUCUGUGUCUUCAUCAUCCUGAGGCUCAAGAAGAUGUGGAAGUCGCCGACUGUGCGGGAAAGCAAGACGAGUUCUCCCCCGCCAUAUUCCCUGGGACAGCUGAAGCCGGCCUUCAUACUGGUUCCUCUCCUCACCUCAGCAGGGUCCCACAACAGCUCCAGGCCUGACAACACCUUAAACCACAGCUGUCCGGGUGUCAGAGACCCGUAGAGCCCUUACGACACCAGCAAUAGGGACGGCUUAUUCCACAGCUAGUUGUCUGGAUGGGACCUACAGCUAGUGUCAAAUCAGCACCGCCACUCCAGCUCACCUGGGCCGGCAGUGGCGGGUGGGGUGCAACUUUCCUUUCACACGAGAGCCUUGCAGAAGGUGCGGAGGGGUCAGGACUGUGUGCUGCACAUGCUCCGAAGGCAGGGGUUGUGAGGGACACAGGCCACCGUGAGGACAUAGCCUCCACACCCUCAGGAUAGCCUCAGGUAGGGGUGCCAAAGGUUGCCCUAAUUGCCUAGCUCUGACUCACUCCCCCAACCCACCUUUUAGCUGAGCUCUUGCAAUCCAAGCACCUUUGGCCUUCUCUUUUCGUAGGCCGCUAAGGCUGGGGAAGAACUCAUGCCCACUCUCCUCGAUACCUGGAAAGUCGCUGGAAAAGCAGCUGGCGUCCCGCUUGUGACGAGUCUCUCAGGGCCUGAUGGUUUAAGCAGAACAAUAUUAAUCUCUUGUAAGACGUUUCAGAUAUGAAUGAUAAUUCUAGGCA